UCCAUGGGUAUAUUUAAGGUGGAAGUUGAAUGUUUCCUGAUCAAUCAGUGCAUCAAAGGAUAUGGCAUGAAGCUGGGCCAAGCCUCCUUGCUUAUGAACGUACGUGAAAACUACCAGGCUAACAGCUUGCGGGCAAAAUCUAUUCGCCAUGCCCUACUGCAGCUGAUGAUCGAUGUGCCUAUUCUCCUGGGGGCAAACACCACCACCGCAAAGGAUGACAUGGAGGCCGUGAUGGAGUUUGAGACCAAGUUGGCUGAGAUUGUGUUCAGAGAGAAGAUCAGGACGAGUGGAGACAUUCAGACCAAGCUCAGCAUACUGGAUUUACAAAGCACCAUUCCACAGUUUGACUGGCUUCGCUACAUCAGGACAGUGAUUGACUUUGAAGAGCACCCUCACCUCAUACACAUGAAUAUGUCAGAAGAGGUCAUUGUGGACUCCGUGCAGUAUUUCAAGGACUUGUUCCGGUUGCUAGAAACUGUGGAAAACCGAACUGUGGCCAACUAUAUUGUAUGGAGAGUCGUGUAUAGUAGAUUGGGGAACCUCAGCCAUCGAUUCUUCAACAGGUUCAGUGAAUAUAUUAAGGUAAGUGAUGAGCUGUCUAACAGGAAGACACAUAUAAUGGAGAGUGUGGAUUUCUGA